AUGGCCAGUGGUGUGUCUAUGGCACCUGCUCCAGCUGGAGUUCCUGCACUGGCCCUCGCACCCGCACCCACGCUGGCCGCCAGGCCCUCCGUAGCCCCUUCGCCAGGACCGGGUACACCCGGCUCCAUCACCUCGAAAGAAUGGGUCAUCCCACCACGCCCCAAGCCAGGUCGCAAGCCAGCUACAGAUACACCGCCAACCAAACGCAAAGCGCAGAACCGAGCCGCUCAACGGGCGUUCCGUGAGCGUCGGGCUGCUCGUGUUAGUGAACUGGAAGAGCAAAUGAAGGAAAUGGAAGAUAACCACGAUAUCCAAGUUGCCUCGCUCCAACAGCAAAUUGGAAACCUCUCCGGUGAGGUUGAUCAGUGCCGCGAGGAGAUGGGCUGGUGGCGCGACCGAUGCCACGCCUUGGAGAAGGAAGUAUCGAUCGAGCGCAGCGCAAAGGAGGCCCUUGUCAAGGAAUUCAGGUCAUCUCUUACCGGCCCUAGCGCCAGCAAGCCCACGCCCAUUCCAGACUCUGUGCCCUUGCCACCUCGCAAGACCAGAAGCUCCCGAAUGGAGGAUGUUCAGCCUACCAGUACUGAACGCAACAAGGAAGAUGGACAGGUGAAUGUACCUCUGGGGUGCAACAACUGCUCCAACGCCCACUGCCAGUGUAUCGAGGAUGCAUUCGGCAUGCCAAUGGACACCCACGAGUCAUCUCGUUCGAGACACGAGCCUCAUGGCGUCGGCAGCCCGGAACGAGACCAUAGGGAUCCCCGCAUCAAGCCCGAUCCGGAAGAGAUGGAAAUCGACUUCACCGCUCAGUUCUCUAGUGACGGUACUCCCUGUAUCUGCGCCGAGAUGGCCGCACAGGAGCAGCAGCGUGUACGCAACAUCAACACAUUCGAGACCAACCGUCUCGCGCCAAUCCAAUCCAUCUCCCAGUUCACCCCACCCCCAUCCGAGGGAGACGUCCGCUCAGAAGUGACUCUCCCACCCAUUAGCCAAGCGACCAACCCCUGUGCCAACGGGCCAGGCACCUGCGCCCAGUGUCAAGCCGACCCCCGAAGCACUCUUUUUUGCAAGACGUUGGCAGCCUCCCGGUCAGCGAGCGGAACUCCAUCGGGAGGAGGCUGCUGCGGAGGCGGAGGAAAGGACGGCGGAUGCUGCAUGUCAAGAAAUGCCCCCUCCACCGCGCCCAACUCGCGUAAAAACGCCGCCAUGCCUUCGCAACCUCCCGCACCCAAGCCCGCUCCGCCCUCAGAGUUAACGCUCAGCUGUGCCGAUACCUUCACCACCCUGUCUCGUCACCCGAACUUCUCUCGUGCCACUGACGAGAUCUCAACCUGGUUGCCGAAGCUCCACACCCUCCCCGACCCCCGCGAGAUCGCUCCACCAGACAGCCGCGGUGCCAUGGAAGUCGAGGCUGCAAGCGUCAUGGGUGUGCUGCGAUACUUUGACCGUCGCUUCGCUGAAAAAUAA